AUGGCGGCAGAGAGUUCGAGAAGGGGAAGGGUGAUGCUAGGUAGGUUGGGGACAGCAAAGCUGUGUAAUGGAGAAUGUGGCUCAACAUGGGAGUGUCCAGAGAAGUGGCAUGAAUCAUUAGAUGGAGACUGCAAACUACUGAAGAAAUGCAUUGAAAUAGCACGGAGUUGUUGUGACCAUGACCCACAUAGCAGACCUACUAUACAUAACAUAAUACUUAUGCUAGAUGAGACAGAAACUAUGAUUCAAAUGAUUCCUCCGUCUAUUAAUACUGAGCCAAGAAAUGACCCAAUGUCUUCAUUGUACCAGUUUUUAUCGAGAACCUGGCAAUAUCUUAAUGCCCUGGAGCAUAUACUUGAGGGGAGGCGGAAGCCCAACAAUCUAUCAUAUUCACUUCUACAGUUCAUGACUAAAAAUUUUUCUGUUGAGCGAAAGAUGGGUAAUAAUGAAUUUGGAGAUUUUUUCAAGGUUGUUGCUGUAGUAAGGCUUUCUGGGAGCCUCAAAAUUAAUGAUAGGAUGUUUCAUGGGGAGGUUAAAAUCACAAUGACGGCUCAGCACCAAAACAUAGUACGAUUUCUAGGCAACUGUUCUUAUGCUGCAAAAGAAGAGGCAUCAAUACAUGGGAAAACUACCAACACGGAGAUAAGAGAAAGGUUGCUUUGUUUUGAGUAUCUAAGCAAUGGCAGCCUAAAGAAGCAUAUUUCUGGUACAAUAAAAAAACUUAGCAAUACCUAG